GUGGGACGAACGCGAUGUGGGUACUCAAGGAUUUUACGACACGGACGUCUGAAGUGCAGCAAUAGCAAUGCUUUUCAACAAGGCUCUGAGAGGGGGUGUGCAGUCUGUCCUGCGGCUCCAGAGUACCAGUGCUGCAGCCGUGGCUGCUACCAGCUCUCAGAAUGCUCCGUCAACAGGGUUCUGCUUUGAGAUGACAGACCAGCAGAAAGAGUUCCAGGAACUAGCCAGGAAGUUUUCCCGGGAAGAGAUUGUCCCUGUUGCAGCAGCCUACGACAGGAGUGGGGAAUAUCCUUUCCCCAUCAUCAAGAGAGCAUGGGAGCUGGGCCUGAUGAACUCUCACAUUCCAGAGGACUGUGGUGGAAUGGGUCUGGGCAUAUUCGACUCCUGCCUCAUCACAGAAGAGCUGGCCUAUGGUUGCACAGGAGUCCAGACUGCUAUCGAAGCCAACUCUCUUGGUCAAAUGCCAGUGAUCAUAGCAGGUAAUGAUUUCCAGAAGAAGAAGUACCUGGGCAGAAUGACAGAGGAACCUCUCAUGUGUGCGUACGGUGUGACGGAGCCUGGCGCGGGCUCUGACGUGGCGGGCCUGAAGACGCGGGCGGAGAAGAAAGGAGACGAGUACGUUGUUAACGGGCAGAAGAUGUGGAUCACCAACGGAGGCAAAGCCAACUGGUAUUUCCUGCUGGCCCGUACGGAUGCAGACCCUAAGUGUCCAACCAGCAAGGCUUUCACAGGUUUCAUCGUAGACGCCGACUCACCUGGAAUACUAGUUGGCAGGAAGGAGUUGAACAUGGGUCAGCGGUGUUCAGACACCAGAGGAAUCACCUUUGAGGACGUCCGGAUACCCAAGGAGAAUGUUCUGAUUGGAGAAGGAGCUGGCUUCAAGAUUGCCAUGGGAGCCUUCGACAAGACCAGACCACCAGUGGCAGCAGGCGCUACAGGUCUGGCUCAGAGAGCUCUGGAUGAAGCCACUGGCUACGCUCUGGAGAGGAAGACCUUCGGAAAACUCAUUGCUGAGCACCAGGCGGUGUCGUUCCUGUUGGCUGAGAUGGCCAUGAAGGUGGAGCUGGCCAGGAUGGGCUGGCAGAGAUCAGCGUGGGAGGUUGACAACGGGAGGAGGAACACAUACUACGCCUCCAUCGCUAAGGCAUUCGCCGGAGACAUCGCCAACCAGGUGGCCAGCGACGCCGUGCAGGUGUUUGGAGGAAACGGCUUCAACUCUGAAUACCCCGUAGAGAAACUGAUGAGAGAUGCCAAGAUCUACCAGAUCUAUGAAGGCACCGCCCAGAUCCAGAGACUCAUCAUCUCCCGUGAACACUUCAGCAGGUUCAAGAAAUGAGCUCCCAACACCUGUCAAGUCACCAGUUCCGUCCUCUCUGAAUGAACACCUGUCAAGUCACCAGUUCCGUCCUCUCUGAAUGAACACCUGUCAAGUCACCAGUUCCGUCCUCUCUGAAUGAACACCUGUCAAGUCACCAGUUCCGUCCUCUCUGAAUGAACACCUGUCAAGUCACCAGUUCCGUCCUCUCUGAAUGAACACCUGUCAAGUCACCAGUUCCGUCCUCUCUGAAUGAACACGUGUUGUCUUCCUUCCCGGUUCUGUUCUACCUACCUUUUUAUUUUAUAGUCAUGAUCAAUACAACUCAGGAUGCAGUCACACCUGGGUCAAAUACAGGAUGUCAAGUACUGGCGACGUGUUGGAUAGAACUUGAGGGACAUGCUGGGUGGGGCAGCAUAGCUGCGGCACCCCCUGAAAAUUAUAAAUACAUUUUUUUAAAUCGCAGCCUGCAAUUAUGGGAUUAUUCGGGUGGUUCUAUUGUCCCAGACAUGCUAACUCGUAUGUCAAAGUAUUUGUGGUGCAACAGAUAUGGCACACUCUGCUUUUUAUAUAGUUCCCUACUUUUGACCAGAGCUUAUGGUCAAAAGUAGUGCACUGCAUAGGGAAUAGGGUGCAAUUUCAGACAUACACUUUUGACUGAAGUGUGGAAUGAAGUACAGAAUGUGGCAUUACAUCACAACAACAUGCCUUGUUUCCCCCUUUUUGGUUUCAACGUUCAACUGUAGCUGGAGUGUUAAAUGGUUUUGUGUGAAGAAGAUUGUAACUUGUGAAAAUAUAACCGAUCAAAUGAGUUGGAAACAUAUAACCCAUGUAAAACGUUUUCUAAUUGAUAAACCUCAAGACAGUCCACCUCAACUUUAUCAGCACUUUGUUGAAAUGUAAUAAACUAUGUAUACUGAUUUAA